AUGCGAGAGGCUGCGGAGCGGCGGCAGCAGCUGGAGCUGGAGCAUGAGCAAGCCUUGGCUGUCCUCAACGCCAAACAGCAGGAGAUUGAACUGCUGCAGAAGGCUCAGGUUGAAGCUAAGAAGGAACAUGAAGGAGCAGUUCAGUUGCUAGAGGCCAAGGUGCGGGAGCUGGAGGAGAAAUGCCGGACGCAGAGCGAGCAGUUUAACCUGCUGUCCCGGGAGCUGGAGCGCUUCCGACAGCAGGCAGGGAAGAUCGAGCUGCUGAGCAGCACCCCCCUGGCACCCCCAGAGCUGGCUGCCCCUGCUGCCAAACCCCUGUCCCAGCUGAUCAAUGGAAUCGUAGGCAAAGGUCACGAAAGCCCUGCUGGGAGUCGCUGUGUGAUCUCAGAGUUCAUCCGACCCCUUCAGAUCUCUGGAGACAAACCAGAGCAGCUGUCUGUCAAACCUACAUUCCUGUCCAAGUCAAGAUCUGGGACCCCAAGAUGCAGAUUUGAUUCAGACAUGGAUAAUGAUCAGAAUUCCAAUACCUCAAAGCAGAGAUAUUCUGGGAAAGUCCAUCUUUGCAUUGCCCGUUACAGCUACAACCCCUUCGAUGGACCAAACGAAAACCCAGAGGCAGAGCUCCCUCUCACGGCAGGAAAGUACCUUUAUGUCUACGGGGACAUGGACGAGGAUGGCUUCUAUGAAGGAGAGCUUCUGGAUGGACAAAGAGGACUGGUCCCUUCCAACUUUGUGGAUUUUGUGCAGGACAGCGAGACGCGGCUGUCGAGCGCGCUGAGCAGCGAGCGGGACCAGAACUUCAUCAACCGCGCGGGGCCCCCUUUGGAGGGAGACGUGCUGGAGAUCAGCCCCCCGAGCCACACCGAGCCCAGCGUGCUCAGCAACGGCGCGGGGACCCUGGACGUGAACAUCGACGAGAUCGGAGAAGACAUCGUGCCUUACCCCCGAAAAAUCACCCUCAUCAAACAACUCGCCAAAAGUGUCAUUGUGGGCUGGGAGCCGCCCGUGGUGCCGCCCGGCUGGGGAACCGUCAGCAGCUACAACGUGCUGGUGGACAGGGAGAUCAGGAUGAACGUAGCCCUGGGCAGCAGGAUGAAAGCUCUCAUAGAAAAGCUCAACAUCUCCACCUGCACCUACAGGAUCUCCAUCCAGAGCAUCACCAGCAAGGGCAGCUCCGACGAGCUGCAGUGCACCUUGCUGGUGGGCAAGGACGUCAUCGUGGCCCCCUCCAACCUCAGAGUGGACAACAUCACCCAGAUCUCUGCCGAGCUCUCCUGGCUCCCCACAAACAGCAAUUACAGUCACGUCAUCUUCCUGAACGAGGAAGAAUUUGACAUUGUCAAGGCUGCUAGCUACAAGUACCAUUUUUUUAAUUUGAAGCCCAAUAUGGCCUACAAGGUGAAGGUCAUGGCAAAGCCCCACCAGAUGCCCUGGCAGCUUCCCCUGGAACAACGAGAGAAAAAGGAAGCCUUUGUGGAAUUUUCUACAUUGCCAGCAGGUCCUCCAGCUCCCCCCCAGGACGUCGCUGUCCGGGCAGGCUCCACGCCAGGGACCCUCCAGGUGUGCUGGAAGCCCCCGGCCCUGUCGGCGACAGGGACAUCCCACGGUGCCAGCGUCACAGGUUAUGGGGUUUAUGCCAAAGGGCAGCGGGUGGCAGAGGUGAUGUUCCCAGCAGCAGAGGGAUCGCCGGUGGAGCUGCCCAGGCUGCGCAGCCUGGACGCCAGGGAGGUGACGGUGCGGACGCUCUCUGCACAGGGGGAGUCCCUGGACUCUUGUGUUGCUGCCAUUCCAUCUGACCUCCUGGUGCCUCCAACCCCUCACCCCAGAACUGCUCCCAAAUCUAAGCCAUUAGCAAGUGCCGGAGCCCCAGAAACCAAAGAAGAACAUUUAGGCCCCCAUUUAAAAAGGGAUGAGUCGUGGGAGCAGACUCGUUCGAUGUCCCCCGUCCAUGGACACAUGCUGGAGCCACCCAACUUCCAUGGCCCCCUCCAGGGGAGGAGGUCUCCAUCUCCCAACAGAAUCCUCCCCCAGCCUCAAGGCACUCCAGUCCCCAACACCGUCGCAAAAGCCAUGGCAAGAGAAGCUGCGCAGAGAGUGGCAGAGAGCAACAGGAUGGAGAGGAGGAGCGUGUUCAGUGACAGGAGCAGCUCAGCCCCGUACUCUGAUGAGGAGGAGGAUGGCUACGACUCCCCCAAGGUCAAGAGAAGGGGAGCCUCGGUCGAUGAUUUCCUGAAAGAGUCAGAACUUGGGAAGCAAGCUCACUACUGCCCUGGGGAUGAGUACCACACGGAGAGCAGCCGGGGCUCGGACCUGUCGGACAUCCUGGAGGAGGAUGAGGAGGAGCUGUACUCGGAGAUGCAGCUGGAGGAGGGCGGCCGGCGGCGCCUCAGCUCUCACGGCACGCUCAAGCUUUUAGGUAACCCAGCCUCUGCAGGACGGCCUGACAGGGUGGAGCAUGCAGGGCGGAGGUCCCAUGGCAGUGCAGUGCCACCAAGGGCUCGGCCCCUGCUGGUCCCUUCCAUCGAUGGCUACGGUGGUCAUGACCAUCUUUCUCCAGACAUGUAUGAAGAAUCUGAAACAGAUCCUGGCACAGAAGAUCUUUCUACUCGAAUAUUUGUUGCACUUUUUGACUACGACCCGCUGACGAUGUCCCCAAACCCCGAUGCUGCAGAGGAGGAGCUGCCCUUUAAAGAAGGACAGAUCAUUAAGGUUUAUGGGGACAAGGAUGCUGAUGGAUUUUACCGUGGAGAAACCUGUACAAGAAUUGGCCUUAUCCCAUGUAAUAUGGUCUCUGAGAUACAAGCAGAUGAUGAAGAGAUGAUGGAUCAGCUUCUGAAACAGGGUUUCCUUCCUCUGAACACUCCAAUUGAGAAAAUCGAGCGGGGCCGGCGCAGUGGCCGGCAGCAGCCCGUGACCACCAGGAGGAUGGUGGCCCUCUAUGACUACGACCCCAGGGAGAGCUCCCCCAACGUGGAUGUGGAGGCUGAGCUGACGUUCUGCACUGGGGACAUCAUCACUGUCUUUGGUGAGAUCGAUGAAGAUGGAUUUUACUAUGGGGAGCUCAAUGGACAGAAGGGGCUGGUUCCUUCCAACUUCCUUGAAGAAGUGCCUGACGAUGUUGAAGUCUUUCUCUCCGACGCACCCUCGCGCUACGUCCACGACACCCCCAUGCGAUCGAAGGCAAAAAGGGUUCCUCCUGAGAAUACAGGUACAUCCCGGAGAGCACCAUCCCCCACAGCUCAUCUCCAUUCCGGGUCACCUCCGUCACCUGUGAUGGGCUCUGGUAGUCCCGGGAGAGGCAGGGAAAUGUCCUCGAAAAAGAAAAAGGGGCUGCUUUCCAAAGGCAAGAAACUGCUGAAAAAGCUUGGUGCAGUGAAAUGA